AUGAAGGCACUGAUAUUGAUUUGUUUAAAAUGCUCGUCUAGUUAGUCUUUGGAAGCGCUGCAGCAUCUUCCACGUUACAGAAGGGUGGAGUUGUUUUGGAUGAACAAACGACCUAGAUGUAUAUCUUCCCCCUUGUUAGCUUCUGUCCACUUUGGAUCCAUGAACAGAGUCUUUAAGCAAACAAGUCAGGGGACAAUCUUUAUUUAACAUGAGUCCAAGAUGUUGAUCUUCCAUAAUUCUUACAUGUUCUCCAAUAAUUACACAGUCUUUUAUUCUCCAGCACAUGUAGUACCUGGCUGUGUUUGGGACCCAUCAGUAAUGGGGCAUCACAUUUCCUACCCAGUGUCCUUCGUACAGAGAUAGUUAGUACUCUCAUACAUUGUGUCCAGCUUAAUUCAGUUACUUUUCAUGCCCAAUAUCUAUCACCCUGAACUGAAUAGGACCAAAAUAACUGUCCCCAAAAAAAUAUUAUAAAAUCUUUUGUAAACUGAAGUAUGUCAUGCUACUUUUUUGUCAUUGUUUUCACCAUACAAGGCAGUGUAACAAGCAAGAAUAUACUGUUAACAUAUGAAGUGCUUAUGUAAAGGGUUAAAAAUAGUCAGACACCCCACAAAUUGUUUUUCAUGUAGUUAUUUUUUUCCAAACAGGGCAUUCACAAUACAGUCACACCAUUAGAUUACUGUAAUACAGUCUCCUGAACACUAGGGGUGCAGUGCAGCACAACAAAUAAUAGGCAUGUAAUUUAGGAGGCAGAAGAAUAAAGCAUACGCCGUGAAUGACAAAAACUUGUUUUCUGCCUAAUCUUUUCCGAUUACAGGACAAAAGGACCCCACCCUGGCCCACGUUGUCAGGGCGGUAACACUUAUUUACUCCCAUAUAACACAGAGCUAUGUGGAUCUGAGAAGGCGCUCUUCCCGCAAAACCUUUCCCAGUCACAUGACUGGAUAUUGACGUUACAGCCUAAUUAAAUUCCCUCUCUGUUUGAAAUAGUAUACCGCUUCCUUUAACUCCACCCUUCUGACAGUAACAGGCAGUAUCCUCCCCCUCACACAAAAAAACCUCUGAGAAAAUGAAACUGAUCUAAAUCUCUGGGUUGUCUGUCUGGGAGGAAGUGAACAAUAACCGUCCAAAUGGCUCAGCAAGGAGUUCUACUAGACCAGGACCAGUUCUGUUGUUCUGUCUGUCUGGAACUACUGAAGGAACCAGUCACCAUCCACUGUGGACACAGUUACUGUCUGAGCUGUAUUGAGGGCUGCUGGGAUCAGGAUGAUCUGAAAGGGGUCUAUAGCUGUCCCCAGUGCAGACAGACCUUCACUCCAAGGCCAACUCUGAGGAAAAAUAACAUGUUGGCUGAGGUGGUGGAGAAACUGAAGACAGGACUCCAGACUGCUUCUCCUGUUCUGUGCUGUGCUGGACCUGGAGAUGUGAGUCAACUGGGGAUCAGACAGCAGAAAGUCCAACAGAGAGUCCAGGAGAGAGAGAAGGAGAUGAAGGAGGUCCAACAAGCUGUGGAGUCCCUCAAGCGCUCUGCACAGACGGCUGUGGAGGACAGUGAGAAGAUCUUUACUGAGCUGAUCCAUUCCAUAGAGAGAAGACGCUCUGAGUUGAAGGACCUGAUCAGAGCCCAAGAGAAGGCUCAAGUGAGUCAAGCUGAAGGACUCCUGGAGAAACUGAAGCAGGAGAUUGCUGAGCUGAAGAAGACAAGCACUGUGCUGGAGCAGAUCUCACACACAGAAGAUCACAUCCAUUUCCUCCAGAAUUAUCAUACUCUCUCCAGUACCAGUGUUUCUUUAGAAUUAUCCAGUAUCACUGUCCAUCCUCUUCAGUACUUUGGAGAUGUGAGUAAGACUGUCUCUGAUCUGAGAGAGAAACUAGAAGACGUCCUUAAAGGAGAAUGGACCCAGAUCUCCACUACAGUGAAUAAAGUGCAUGUUUUGCUGCCUCCAGAGCCCAAGACCAGAGAACAGUUCUUACAAUAUUCCUGUCAACUCACACUGGACCUAAACACAGCACAUAAAAAUCAUACUCUCUCUAAAUGGAACAGAAAGGUGAUCUCAACACAACAUGUCCAUCCGUAUCCUGACCAUCCAGACAGAUUCAUCAAUUACUGUCAAGUUCUGUGUAGAGAGGGUCUGUCUGGACGCUGUUACUGGGAGGUGGAGUGGAGAGGGCACUGUGUUCAUAUAACAGUCUCAUAUAAAGACAUCAGCAGGACGGAUGAUAGAUUUGGAUACAAUAAAAAGAGUUUACAGUGUCAUGACGGUGGUUAUUAUUUUAGACACAAUAAUGUUAAGACUAAAGUAUCAGGCCCUCAGUCCUCCAGAAUAGGAGUCUACCUGGAUUACAAGGCAGGUACUCUGUCCUUCUACAGCGUCUCUGACACAAUGACCCUCCUCCACAGAGUCCAGACCACAUUCACUCAGCCCCUCUAUCCUGGGUUUCGUCUCUGUCAUUAUAAAGACACUGCUGAACUGUGUAAACUAUAGUAACUCUAUAAAGUAAUAGUGCUGCUAUAUACUUAAUUUCAAAUAUAUCUGUUGGAAAGUUAAGACCAGACAAAGCCAACAUGCCAGCUUUACAAAACAUGACCUUAUUGUUGUCAAGGCAACACCAUCUCAGUUAUCUUACAAAACACCAAUUUAUAUGAACCCCUCAGCUCACACUGAAUCCGAACACAUAAACAACUCUCUGUUUGAAUGGAACAGAAAGAUGGCUUAUACACACCAAGUCGAACCAUAUCCUGAUCAUCCAGACAUGAUUAAAGUACCAGAUUCUGUAUAGAAAGGUUCUGUCUGGAUGGUGUAGUAGUGUGAACUUUUACAGCUGUCUCAUUAUGUAAAGACCUCAGUAGAAUUGGUAAUAUACACUCACCUAAAAGAUUAUUAGGAACACCAUACUAAUACUGUGUUUG